AUGAAGGAGUCAACAUUUAAACUCCAAGCCCUUCUACAGGCGUAUCUCCUCUCUAUUGCCUCUGCAUCCCCCGCACCGACCGCAUUCCCCAGCACCGAAGUCAACGUCGCUCCACAAAACCCAAUCAUUACAGCGUCCCCGGUCGUGCACCACCCCUCUCCGAUCGUUGGAAGAAACCUGUUGGACAAUGUGGACUCAUAUGUGGGCAGUGUGCUUUCUGGACUUGGCUCGGAUCUUCCGUCAUGGGUUGCGUCUGGCGUGCCCAACUUCUUCCAGGGUUUCCCGAGUGGUGACGCAGUUGUCAGUUCCCUCGGCCUGGACAGUACAGAGUUAGCAGCUUUGCCUACCAACGUGCUAAACAUUGACCCCUAUGCCAAUUGGACCAAUUCGGGCUGGAACGUCCGCUUCCAUGGAAAUGUCUACAAGCAACCAAAUACCUCAGUCUCUGACUUGAACAAGUUUGCCGAUGUCUUCCUUGGCAACACAAGCAUCUCCGACCUACCCGAAUCCCAGCAGGACCAGGCAAGAAACCUUACAGCGGAAAUCCUUGUUGUGCAACAGGCAAACGUCGCUGUUAACACAAUUCACCUCGAGCCGGCUCCUAGUCAGGGAGCCAGUGGACAAGCGGGUGGUGGUGGCUCAUCGAACACAACGGGCGGCACGCAAGAUAUUACUCUGCCUUACAACACAACGGUAGAGGGUGAUUUUGAUACGUUUGUGCCCAUUGCCAGCGAUGGCCUUACAGCGGGAAAUGAAACUUCCGCAAUUCAGCGACUCAAUACCUACGUGGACGGUGCAACUAUCGGGAAUAGUACUGCCUAUCUCGUGCCUCCUACUGGACUCACGAUCGUGUCCGAUAUUGAUGACAUCCUUCGUGUCACCAAGAUCUAUGAGCCGGAGCAAGGAUUACUCAAUUCCUUUGCCCGGCCAUUUACAGCCUGGGAGAAUAUGCCCGACAUUUACCGCAACUGGUCUGUCAGCGUUCCGAACAUGCAUUUCCACUACCUGACAACCACCCCCGAGCAAAUCACAAGGAAUUACAUGCAGUUCAUCUACGCAAACUACCCCGGCGGCUCUUUUGACACCCGUCCUCUUAACUUCAGCGAUGUCUCCGCAACCCUCUCGAUCCGAAAAUUCCUCUUGCAGAAAGUCUUUGAGACCUACCCCGAGCGCAAGUUUAUCUUGAUCGCCGAUACAAGUAACAGCGACGUCAUGCGCGACUACCCUGAGAUGGCCACGGAGUUCCCUGGCCAGGUUCAGUGCAUCUGGCUCCGCAACACCAGCGCUACGGAUCCCGGUGACAAAUUCCCCUACGACACAUCUGGGUUCAAAAGCUUGAACCAGUCAAACUACAUGUUUUUCCUGAACCCAGAUGAUCUCACGAACUUGGACGUUGCAAGUGGAGAGUGCUACAAUACCUCCAUUCCUCAGAACUUGACCUUCUCAUACCAGGGUCUUCCUGAUGGGCUGGGAGAUACCCCUACUGCAGUCAAUGCCUCAGCAACCCACACUUCGGCUGCUUUUUCUCUGUCACCACAAGGAUCCGGUGGCAUGCAGAAUUUGCUUGUUUUGGUGACGGCCAUUGUUGGUGCUACUUUUGCGUUGUUUUAA